AGACUCACCUGGCACCUGCGGGCAGCCUCCAUUCGCAGUAACCAUGGGGAAAACAGGCUUCUGUCUGGUCCUCGCCUUGGCUCUUGUGACCCUCAGCACCUCUUCACAGGAAAAGUGCAUCCUGACUGGAACCUGGCGGAACGACCUGGGCUCUAACAUGACCAUCUCUGCCGUGAACGAGGCCGGGCAGUUCUCUGGGUUGUACCUCACAGCGGUGUCAGCUGCAGAAAAGCCAAUCCUCGUGUCGCCCCUGAACGGAUCCCAGCACAUCGACGACCUGGGGCAGCCGACCUUCGGGUUCACCGUCACGUGGAGCUUCUCAGUCUCGACAACCGUCUUCGUGGGCCAGUGCUUCGUGGAUGAUCAGGGGAAGGAAACUCUGCAGACCAUGUGGCUGCUGCGAGAGAAGGUCAAAUCUGCAGAGGAUAACUGGAAAGCAACCACGGUCGGCACAAACGUUUUCACCCGGAUCAACGGGCAGAACGUGGGAGAAUCCGUGAGGAGCGACCUGUGACCUGUGACCCCAGCAGCACCGUGACCCCACUCUGCAGCCCCAGGGCUCCUGGCCCUCCCUCCCCUGAAUCUCUCAAGAGCAUCUCGCCCGGCCUCAGGGCUGUUUGCUGGGCUGCAGAGGUGCCCAUCUCUGUCUCCAUCUCCCCUCGCUCUCCGGUUACACCCCCAGAAUCCCUGCCCUCGCCCCCCACGCUGCAGUUUAGUUCCUUUCCCAGUUAAGCUCUAGCGCGGGAGGCAAAUGAGUCUCUGGUGUUUUUAUCGCUCUUGGCCCUUGGGUGAAGCUGUUGCUGAGACGUGAUUCCCACCUGCCCUCUCUGGACUCCCUGGGAGGUGCCGGAUUCUCUCCCACGAGCCGGGCCCUUCCUGGGACGCCCCUUGGCAGGUUCAUCCCCCUGGCUCGCUCCUUUGCUCACUGGACAGUCAAUAACAGAUUUAGAAGUAGCCAUCAUUCAACAAAAAAACUUCAAAAACAGACUUCAAAGAGAAACUGCAGAGAUACAAUUCAUUUGCAAAUUUACCACCAUUAAUUUGGGCUUGAAUAGGGACUGAGAGUGGCUGGUUCACUAUAAAAGCAAUUUGCCCUCUCUUGGUGUUGACACCUCCUCAUCAGUUAUUGGGAGUGGACCACAUCCACCCGGACUGAAUUGGCCUUGUCAGCACUGGCUCUCCACUGGUAAGGUAACUCCCUUCUCUUCAUGUGCCAGUAUCUCUAUAACUUU